UGUAGCAGAAAUAUUGUCACUCACCAAUCAUCGCCGCUGCUAUGUGUGUUGAGCUUAAAAAGGACUGACAUCCAUAGAAGAAAGACACAUUAUCAGGCUCAACUAACGGUUUAUGGAUUUCAUGAUGAUGAAGAAAAAGAAAUUCAAGUUUAAAGUGGAUUUCGAGCUGGAUGAGCUCUCUUCUGUCCCCUUUGUCAACGGUGUCCUGUUUUGUAAAGUCCGACUCCUUGACGGCGGUUUCUCCGAGGAGUCGUCUCGGGAGCCGGUCCAUGCUAACUGUGUACGCUGGAAGAAGAGGUUCUCCUUCCCCUGUAAGAUGAGUGCCACCGCUGGGACGGGCGUGCUCGACCCCUGUGUGUGCCGCGUGUCUGUCAGGAAGGAGCUAAAGGGUGGGAAGACGUACGCAAAGCUUGGCUUUGCAGACCUAAACCUGGCUGAGUUUGCUGGUUCUGGGAACACGACACGUAGAUGUCUACUGGAAGGUUACGACACCAAGAACACCCGGCAGGACAACUCCAUACUCAAGGUUAUCAUCAGCACACAACUGAUGUCCGGGGACCCCUGUUUUAAAACGCCUCCUUCCACAGGCACAUUCAUCGGCGUCCAGGGAGAUGCAGAGAGCCUCCUGGAAGAGAGGAAGGGAGGGGACAACCAGAAGGCCUUCAUGGAGAGCCGGGAAGGAAAGUGUCCCUCUGUUUCCGAUGAACUUGGGGGCUCCUGCCAUUCCCGAACAUCCAGCUACGCUAGUCAGCAGUCUAAAGUCUCAGGCUACAGCACAGGUCACUCCCGCUCCUCCAGCCUGUCAGAGUGUACCCACCGCAGGAACACUUCUGUUGGCAGCGCUUCCACCGGCAUCGCCAGCAUCCUGGAGCCCUCUGACGACACUAGGGACAUCAGGGACCAGAGGGAGAGCAGGGACCGGGAGAGGGGAGACAGGGAAGCCAGGAUGGGGAUGAUGCCCCCUACUGCUGGGGCGUCAGCCUGCACAGCCCUGCCUGAACACCCCAACCCCACCAGUACCAUUGGUUCCUGUACAGGCACUCCGGUGAAGAGCGCCUCGUCCUGCGAACGCCUCAACAGACACCUGGUGAAGCAAGGGUCCAUGGAGGGUCAGAUGAUGAGGGUGGAGGCAUCGAGGGUGGAUGCUGAUGACGUGGUGGAGAAGAUCCUUCAGAGUCAAGACUUCACCCCCAGCCUGCUGGACUCCAGCCAUGAAGAGGAAGGCCUGCGGUUGUUUGUCGGUCCCGGAGGAAGCACUGCCCUUGGAAGCCAUCACCUGCCUACCAGGGUUGGCGCUGGUGCAUAUGAACAGGUGGUGAUUAAACGUUAGGCCUAAACCCCACCAGGAGGAUGAGUGGCACAGCUGACAUCCAAAAGAACCAUCAGUGGUUUUUAUCUUUCUUUAAUUCCAGCAAGCACAUUUUAUCCAACUGAACUGGCCUGUCAGAAAUGGACUGCAACAGCGCCCUCUGGUGUGCUUACAGACUGUGUGCACUGUCUGUAGUCCCCUGUUAGAUUAGCUCAGUGAAGUCAAGAAGAACAUCACCACGCCUCGAUCUGGGAAAGGAGUCAGACUAUUAAAAACUGCAGUUUGAGGUCACAGGAAAACCUGACCUUUUCAGCUGAAGAUCAAAGUGAUUUGGUUCUGUGUUUGUCACCAGAAUGAAUGAAGCCUUUGCUGAAGAGGAUGAUGCCAUGCUUUUUCAAUACAUUCCCUAGUUAACGCUAGUCCCCUAGUUUUCAGUCCUUUAGUUUUUCAACAAUGUUUUUUAUUUGUAACAGCCUUUUAAUGUAGGAUUUUAACUUUUGUUCACCAAUAAGCUGCUAAAAGGUUGUGUGUGUGUGCGUCAGUGGAGGCUGGUGGGAGGAGCUAUAGGAGGAUGGGCUCAUUGUAAUGAUUGGA